UCUCUCUCCCAAAUCGAUCCCUGCUACCUCUUCUCGAUCACUGUAUCAUCAGAGAACCAAAAAGAACCAGAGAGAACCAACAGAUCAGUAGCGGAGCAAAUGGGGUGCAAGUCUUGCGAUAAGCCGAAGCCGAAGUACAGGAAAGGGUUGUGGUCGCCGGAGGAAGACCAGAGGCUAAGGAGUUACGUCCUCCAACACGGUCAUGACUGUUGGAGCACCGUCCCCAUUAAAGCCGGUUUGCAACGGAACGGAAAGAGCUGCAGAUUACGGUGGAUUAAUUAUCUGAGGCCUGGUUUGAAGCGCGGCGUCUUCACGAUUGAAGAAGAGGAAACGAUCUUGUACCUCCAUCGCCAGUUGGGCAACAAGUGGUCACAAAUUGCACAGAAUUUGCCCGGAAGAACUGAUAAUGAGAUAAAGAACCACUGGAAUUCUUACUUGAAGAAGAAAGCUAUGAAGAUUGAAGCUUUAGAAGCUCAUAUCAACGCGCAGUUCCUCAAUUCAACUCCAAAAGUCAGAGAAUCCGCACCGACACUAAAUUCUAAUAUCCAAGUUUCGAGUUUCGAAUCUUUGGAACAGACGGGAGAAUCUACCAUUGAUACCGACCAGUCUGUUACACAAAUCGUUGUUGAUAAUCAGCCGCAUAAAGCAACACUGCAGAGUUCCCUUCCCAAGCUUUUGUUCGCCGACUGGCUUUCAAUGGAUCAAAUCAAUGACCAGAACGUGGUAAGUUCCGGCGAAACCAUGGUUGUUCCCAGUUUAAUUUCGGAUGACUCGAACGUCGAGGAUUCGUUAUUCAGACAUAAUUUGUUACGUGAUGAGGCCGAAUUUGCUAGUGAUUUCCAUAAUGGUUUAAGCAAUAUCGGCACCACUUACGGCAAGUUUCCCAUACAAAUUGAAGCGGAGAAUAAUCAGAUCCCUGAGAAUGGUUUCUUUGAUUUUGUUUCUAUGCGUGAUAUGUAUAAUGAUUUCGAUAUGACCCAUGAUGUGAUUUAUUGACACAAAUAAAUCAAUAAUUAGGUUAAACCUCAAAUGCUUAUUUAUGAUUUCACUGUCAGUAAGAAGUUAAUUUCUUUCUGUCUAGUGUUUCAGUU